ACGGCGUUGAAGCUGCUUCCGAUGCGGUAGUGAAGGGGAAAAUAAGGGAGAUCUCCUAUUUUUUGCAUUUUCGCGGCAAGCAUAAAAGGUUCAUAAAUCAGAAACUGUUUUUUGUACGUCAGUGCAGACCACAUUUUUUUUCUGUGGUUGGUUUUGAUCUGGACCGUUUCUAAUGCGAUCCAGGAGUAAUGCUUUUCAUGCUGUCAUGUGACAGUGGGUAUGAAUAGAGUAUUAAGGCUUUAUCUGAAAUACUGAAACACUGCUUACAUCAUUAAAUGUGACAAAAAUCAGAGCAUACGUGGCUCUAUCUCUCGGGUUUCCCCUUAACUGCCGAUAGAGCAGAACUCAGAAACCGGCACAGCCCCCGUCUCUCAGCGGCACCUUGUCACCGUUAGCUACGUAGUCACUGUCAGUCCAACCAAUCACAGCAGCGCAUCUUUUUGGGCAAAAAAUUUAAACUGUCAGCUGAGCCGGACAGGCACCAAUUGUGCCGCAGUGCGUCAAACCUGCUUUUUUGUUUGUUUGUUUCGGGACGCAUUUUCACCGAGGACAUGUUUUUUCUGAGCUCGGAUGCUUAGUUUUUGUUUUUUGUAUUAUCUAAAAUACUAAAAAUAGAUUGGAGGGCAAAAUCAGUGUGGCGUCGCGGCGGCUCGUGGAGGAUCUUCGAGGUCAAGAUGUUUUUUUGAAAAUGAAAGGAGCGCUCUUUUUGCGCAGCUCGACUCUCCUCUCUGAUGCGAGGAAUGACGCACUUUUUUUUAUUUUUAUUUGGGUACAUUUCUUUAAAAAACGAGCGGGAAUACACAGUGAAUGACAUCACAUGUUUCGAAAUAUAUCACGUUUUAUUGGCUGAUUCCUCCAUUUCAGCCGUUUUUACUCUUAUUGUCACUGAUGCGUGUGCAGCUCCGGGAGGAGGAUGACACCUACUGUCAUGGAGGGAGGCUCGUGUUUGACUCUCUUUUAAGAUAGAAUGGCUGAGAGGUCUCUGUCUGACCAGCUCUGUGAUGCCUCAGCCACUGGAGACCUACAAGCAGUUUUGUUUUUGCUGCAAAACGGAGCAAAUGUCAAUGGAUGUAACAGAUACGGCAGAACUCCAUUGCAGGUGGUGAAGUGGAGCUGCACCCCGGUGGUGGAGGCCCUGCUCUGGGCUGGGGCGGACGUCACCGUGCGCGACCCGGUCUUAAACCUCACCGUGACGCACGACGCGGCACGCGCGGGAUUCGGGGAUUCGGUGUGCGCGCUGCUGAACUACGGGGCGGACGUGAACUCGGUGGACCAGCUGGGGAACCUGCCCCUGCACCUGGCCGCUCAGGAGGGCAACCUGGAGGUGGUGCAGCGGAUCAUCGGACUCACCGCGGACCCCGAGGCCGCCAACGGAGAAGGCCUCACCGCGCGGCAGCUCGCCGAGCGCAGCGGCAAGAUGGAAACUGCCCUGUACAUAGACGACUAUUUGGGCCAGAACUAAAGCAAGAGGAAGAACAAAAAGAAGAAACUGGAUUCUGCUUCUGCUUUGCAAACAUUAAUAUUUUAUUCUAUACUCUCUAAAAUUCCUUGCUUCAUUUAACCUUUCUGACAUACUCCUGCAGUUAGAGACGGUUUAAAUUCAAACAGAUUUAGGAGUGAAAAUGCUAAUUUGGAAGAGCACAAAUGAAAUACAACACUUGGUUCAUCCAUGAUUAGAACAGUUUGAUGCACUCGUACGUUUUAAGACAAUCCGGUGCAUUAGAGACGUUUUUCACCUGUAAAAUCUUUUUUUUGUUGACUUCAUUCCACUAGAUGUUUAUUAUUGUGAUAAUAAUGUGAACAUUUGUGUUGGACUGAAUCUAUUGAAAUGUGUUAAAAAAAAACCCUCACAGUGUUAUGAUCACAAUAGUAAACAUGGAAAUUAACAUUCAUCUGAGAGAACUAUUGGCGGCUGACUAGCUUUCCAUUUUAGAGGCGUACCUAACAAAAUGAGCACCAGUUAGAGUAUAUUGUGCCACAGCUGCAGACAUGGCGUUCACACUCAUUCAGGGAUGUUCACUAUUGCAGCUACAUGUCCACCUUCCUGCAAAACACAGAAGAAUCCACUUUUUAUUGUGCAAACAGACACUUCUGUGUCUUUAUUAGAGUCCAAGUGGACAAAGAUAUGAGACAAAUUUGUUUAUUUAACAUCAGUUCCAUUAAAAAAAAUGCGAUUUUAAGUCUAACGUGACUUGAAUGAAGCCAAUAAAUCAGUCAGUUCAAGUUCACACAGUCAGGUUAAGGCAACGUUGGCUCAAAUAGUUGAAAUAAUCACGUUUUACUAAAGUUUGUUUUCUGUGCACUUCAAUUUUUGGACCAAUACUGGAUGAUGAAGUCAAAUAUUACGCAGCAAGAUGCUGCAGAUUCUGUCCAUAAAGUCAGACAGUCUUAAAUAAGUUUUGUGCACUUACUGCAGUCUUAUAUUCAAAAACAAAUCUUUAAAACUCUUUUUGUUUGUCCGACACACACUAGACAUCAAAGCCAUUUCAGCAUAUACAGUCCUAAUGGAGCAUUUUUUGCCCUUAAGUUCACACAAUCAGGCUAAUUAGAUAUUGGUUCAAACAGUUGGAUUAUUCUAAAGUAGAUCUUCUGUAGAGCUUACUUUGUAGAGCUGCUAGCUACCACUAGCUUCGCUUAUCUGCCCACAGGUACGAAAAAGAAACUAACACAGAGAUGCUUAGAGCUGGUGGAAACUCAUUUAAAGCAGUAAACAAGGACUUGUGUGAGUUAGUGUCGACUUCUGAGCUUCAGUCGAGUCUAAACUCUGCUGUUGUUUACCUCCGUUAGCUUCUCUCCUGCUCUCUGUGCUCAGUAUUUUCAUACAGUUGAAUUCCCAAUAGAGCUCCUUUCAUUUACAUAAUUUUACACUUUUGCUGUCCAACAAGAGAACUAGGAUGAAACAGUGACUGAAACAAAGCCAUUUAAGACUAACUGUUAACCAGAAGUCGUCUCUAAGCUGCUUUUUCCUACUAAAACCCUGAUUUUACAACCAGAACGCCAUCUGACAAACUAAAACAGAUGUAAAUUCAGGCGUAUUUAUACAAGAAGACGCCUGCUCAGGUCCUGAUCCGCUACCAGGUCCAGAGAAACACGAUCGUGAGCUGAAAGCCAAUCAUGCCGCAGUGCAUUCAGGAGAAUCUCCAGGUGUUUGAACUAAAUGAGGAGGAAAUGAGGACGACAUCGGGAUUCAGCAGGAACUGGAGAGACUGUCCAAUGCAGUGGAGCACAAACGCUUCAACGCUGAGCUCUGAAAAGGAAAACUGAAGAAAAUCACUUACACUAACUGAGAAGAAUCAGAGGUAGUUUCACAUGCCCUGUCACAUACAGAGAGAGUCUUCUUCCUGAAGGGGGCGGGGUCAGCAGCGGUGCAGCUGCAUUUAAAGCUACAAACACAGAGUUGUGGUGAAACUAACCAUUUUUGCAGUAUUUUAAGCUGAAGAAUUAAAAGACAAUUCGGGGAUGUGAGAUUUUUAAUAAUUUGCUAAAAAGAAAGUCACAAGAUGGAACUUUUAAGUGAUGCUAGUUCGCCUUGUAGGGCAGUAGCUGUGUGUUUUUUUUUUUACAGUCUUAUGCUCAGAUUGUUCCCGUGUGUUCUCUUCAGUAUCUGCUGGUUUCCUGAUAAACCGCACCGUCUUUGAAUUCCCUCAUAAUCACAAAGCUCGCACCUUCCACCACCCACUUUGGUUGGAGAGACAUUCAGACGAGUGAGCAAGAGAUUCCUCUCUGAUUAAGGCGGAUUUAUGGUUCUUUUUGUGCAUCAGCACAUACAGUACAAAACAUGUGCGCCGAUUCAUUUGAGAAUGUAUUGGGGGAUUUUUCUGGUUUAUUUUUUUUUGCCGGUGCAUGGAUGUGUGAAGUGGUUUGUGCAAAAAAUGAGCAUUGAGGCCACAGUCACAAAUAAGCAAAAUCUAAAUGAACCACUUUGUCAGCAGAAAAAAAAGAGAACAGUAAUACUGAACAGAUGCUGUGAUGGUUCCGUUCUUAAAACAAUUCCCCUAAUCACCUAAAACGAGGAAGACUGCUCUUAUUGAGACACAAACUGUGAAUUGAAUCUGAAACUAUAUAUAUCCCGUCUUUAUGAACUUUAUAACCUCAUUAACUCUGCUCUGCUGCAUUUUAUUGAGUGGUGUCUCUUGUAUUUUGCUGCUAAUUGUUUAAUGUGAAUGAAAAAAUAUUAAAAGUACCAAAGCAU